UUGAGAUUUAAGGGUCUGGGCAGAGGGCUGCAGAGUGGACACCAGAGAGGAGCUGAGGAUAAUCAGACUGAAAGCUGAGGUUAAAGAGCAGUGAAGGACUUUUGUACUGGAGUUAUGAGGGUGGGACCUGCAACCUUGGCUGGGGGGAUAUUUGGGGUAGUGGGGACAUUGUGCUUCUUCAUUGCCUUCACUACGGACUACUGGCUGGUGGCCAGUGACAACUGUGGACCGUAUACAUGGCCCACACAAACAAGACUGACAACAGAUGCCAAUGGGACUGAGAUCGAGAUAGUGGAGGCAGUCACUGUUUCUCCUCCACCUCUCACUCUGCACCACGAGGGCUUCUUUUGGCGGUGUGUGUUUCAGGUGGAUCCCUCGGCGAGCGCACACCUGGCCAUUCUCUUCACCAACCAGCCAGAAUCCAAGGUGUGUAUCCAUGGUUACCUCUUUCCCCUGCCUGUUGCAGUUGGACAGGUGCCUCAUCCAAGUUAUGAUGCGACAGCAGUGUUUCGGGGUUUCUGGACCGUGCUGAUAAUCUUUGGCCUGGUCGCUGCUCUAACUGGAGGCUUCCUGUUGGUCUGCGGCAUCCCCUUCUUCAGCCACAAACUCUACAAAGUGGGCGGUGCCUUCCUCAUCGCUGCUGCCCUCUUGUUCCUGUUCCUGCUGCUGCUCUACGUGCUGUGGAUGGAGGUGAUGGACGUGAAGCGCUACGUCCUGCAGGAGAGGGGGGAGACGUGUCCCGAUGCUCAGGUGUCUGUGCUCUACGGCCUGUCGUUCAUGGUGGCUGCCGCCGGCGUUCCUCUGGUGCUCGUCUCUGGGAUGGUCUUCAUGCUGGUGGGCCGUGCGCUGAGAGGCAGCAAGUGAGCCUGCCAUCUGGCCUGCAGCGGAAGAAAGGACUGACCUUUUUAUCUGGUGCACUGGGACACAGCAGCACACUCAUGGGAUGUUAAACUGGCUGGAAAGACGUGAUCAAUAUUGCAGUAGCACCCUUUGGAUGUCAAAACAGUCAGAUACACUACUUUUCUGUUUUCCAUAACUUUGCUUUAUUUAUAUGAGAAAAAUAUGCAUUUCUAAGAACAUUAAUGUCACAACAAGAACAUUAAUGUCACAACAAGUCAAUGUUAGAGGGUUAUUCAGAUUAUUCAUUUUUCAACUUUAAAUCUUGCCUCAUCCUAACAGUAAUGCAAAGUUGUUACAAUAUGAUUAACCAAUCGUCAACUGGGUCCAUCCAGGCUAAACUAAGAAAAUUCUGCUACUUACUAACAGCAGGGCAAGAAUACCACAAACUCAACCAAACUGCUAUCAGGGUUAGGGUUAAGCUGCAUUCACUUGACAAGGUGUAAAACGGCUCUGCGCUGAUGCUGUUGUGUUUGUAUGGUGCUCUGACCCCAUUUACCACAAAUCGCGUUUCACGUGACUGCAGCAAUAGGGUUAGGUGUCACUUGAUAGUUCGAGGUUUCACUUGUUUAAUGCUUUUCAACUCACUUUCUUUGCCGCCAAACAUUUUAGCUUGAAUGGGUGCUUUGGGUGGGGAUAAAGGUCGCUCACCAAGAGCUUUAGCUAUUUUUGUAUUUUUGUUUCACUGAAAAGCCCUCUGGCAGCUCAACUUGUUUUUUCUCUAAUAUUGAACUCAGUGAAGACUACACUCUUCUGUAACUCACUAUUAUUUCUCAUGGAACAAGUGUUAUAACAAGACAGGACGGGCCAUUGGUAGUCAGUUAGCAGUAGAUAUCUCUUCACAAUACAUUGACUUAUUGGACAUAAAGUCAAAACUGUUACUUCUUCACAUUCUGUUGAUUCUUUUUUACUGUUUGUAAGUGAAAUUCUGGGCAUUUCUUGGACAUUGUACCUUUAAGGAGCAAUAUAAUAAUGUAACAACAUUGUGUACAUAUAUUUCUUCCACUGCUGGCAUUGUACAGAUGGAUGUUUUUUUCAUUAUUGCUGCAAAUAAUGAGUCCAAACAGCUGAAUGGGAGAAAUGUAGUGCUGAACCAGCUGUGUCUCCUGUCCUGAUUUUGGAACAUGAUCAAAGUAGGCUAGCUGGA